CAUGAACUAUGGGGCUUCGAACAAGAGACCUUAGAUGAAAAAGAGGACACCUAUGUUGCCAGACCAAACACCAUUAGACCAAAACACCUACAGUGCCAUAAAUGAGAGCAUGCUAUUUUCUUUAUGCUUAUUUCUGGACACGUCACGUUCUCUGUCCUCAGCACGCAUCUCUCACUCUCUCGCUCCCUCUUUGUCUCUGUCUCUGUCUCUGUCUCAAACCCUAGAAUCGCAGCCCCAAGUUCACAGGCUUAAACCCUAGCAGUACACGACGGUUUCAGAGCUUUAUCAAAUACACCAGAAGACCACUGUUUCAUUGUAAGCUUCUAACUGCUUUGAGCAGAACAAUUCUUCAGAUCAAUAUGUAAACAUUUCUACUGGUGUCAGACAAACACAAAGGGUUCUGAUAUGGAUUCUUUUGACGAUAUUCUUGGCGAACCAGCCGCCAACCGUGCUCAGGCUGGUGCUAAGUUUAGACCAAAAGCUAAACCACGGCCUAGAAAAGAAACACCUGCCUCGGUUCAUCCGACAAUCAGUAGCAAUACAGAAGAAGACACUGCUAUACUACCCAUUACCAAUGUGGGCACAUUGGAAUCCAUUCAGCCUGCUGAUGUGGAUAAUAAAUUGAAUAAUGAAUUUGGUUCAUCUAUAGCUAAUUCAGCAGAAAAUAUCACAAAGAACAAUGAGGGUUCAUUUUCAGGAGUUCCAAACUUAGAUGAUACCACAAAAUUGAUAUUAGUGAACCCUUCAUCACAAGUUGUUGCAACCAGUGAGGAUGUGGUCUCCAUUGAUGCGCUACCUAAGGAGGUUGCAGUGACUGAUAUCAAUGGUGACUGGCACUUUAGCUUUAGGCAAUCGGAAACUGAGGCAGACUCUGUGGGGUUGGAUGUAGACCCUUCUGCUGACAUAUCUCCUGAGCCUGUUACACUUACCUCUGCUGGCUCAGAUUUGAAAACAUCUGUUCAGGCUCUUGAUAUUGCAGAUGAUAGACUGAGGGAUCCAUUUACCUUAUCCUUCUCUACCCCUGAGAUUGUUGGGACUAAGGUGCCAAGCAAAGAGUGUUCAAUUUCCGAUGAUCUGCAUUCAGAGGCUGCCAUUUUGGAUGGAAAUGGCAAAUUACAUCCUAACAACAAGAAGUUGGCCGAAGAGGUUGAUUCCUUGGGAUUGGAUUUGGACCCACUUGAAGAUAAUCUUCAUGGUCAUGUCACAAAUAAAUCUAGGGGUGGUGGCAAGUUUAAACCCAAGGCUAAAAUCCGCCCCAGAAAUGAAACCUCUACUUCACUCCCAUCAGCUCCUUCAAAUGCUACAGAGGAGAAACCUGUUAUGCUAAGUUCCACAAGCUUAGAAACAGAACAAUAUGCUCAGCCUGUUGCAGAAAUUAAAUUGACAAAUGAGGACGGUCUAUCUGCGGUUACCUUAGAGAUUGUGGGCACUAGGGAGCCAUCAAAAGACAACGAAUGUUCAUUUCCUGACAAGAGAAUCUCGGAAUCAAUCAAGUCUUCAUCCCAACUUGUGACGGGAGAGGAUGUUGGCAGUAGAGAUGCGCUGCAGUCAGAGGUUGCAAUGUGUGAUAGCAACAGUGUUUGGCAUUCUAGCAUCGGAAUGUUGUCAUCAGAGGUAGAUUGCAUGGGGUUUGAAUUAGAGCCUUUUGGUGAUAAUGAAGGGGAAGGUUCUCUUUUUCAUGCAGAAACAUCUACUCUUCUUGCUUCCAAUAAUAAGGACAUGGAGGAAAAUUUUGGUAUUCCUGCUUGUAGUUUUGUUGACUCUUCAGCACUCAGGGUUUGUGAUGCUGCAGAGCCUCAUACUUGCUCUGAUCCUCAUAUGGCCCCAGACCCAGUAACCUGCAGGGAAGAUGCUUUUUCUAACCAGUAUGGAGAUUUUCAGAUUGAAAAUGGAAGGUUGGAAGCAGAGUUUCAGGAAGCUGGAACCUUUUCUGGCAUGGAAACCCUAGAUUUUAUGUCUGAGGCCAACAUUGCAUCUGGACGGCAAACUGGCAAGUUUCGACCCAAGCCCAAGAUGAAAACUGGAAAAGAAAAACAUAGCACUGCCAUUUCUCACCCACAAGCUGAGUCUGUUUUGCAUUUGCAAGGUCCUCAGUUGGUUACUUCUGAAACUGGGUACAUGGCUUCAGUUCCUGCCUUCCCAGCUGACUGUGUACAGGAUGACUCCAUGAGGUUCGGUGAAUUUAUUCCCUCAGAUCCAGCCUCUGUCAUUAUGAUGAAUGAAGAAUUGAGAAACCUUGCAGAAUCUUCUCACUCAGAUGGCCCUAUUUUGGGGGAUAUUCUGCAUUCUGAGGAUGUUCCUGAAAUUCCUGUAGAAGUGAAUGCUAAGAUUGGAAAGGGGGAAGCUUCUACAGCAUCAAAUCUUCCUCAUAAACAGAAACAGAAACAAUCUGCUACAGCUGGUGAAGAGAAUGAUGGUGGCAAAUCAUCAAGGAAGCUGAGAAAGCGAGUAGCUUUUCAACUUACUGAUGAGCAGGAUGAUGGGGCUAAUGAUGAUUUUUCUGCUGAACCUCCCAGUAAUUCUAGUAUAGAUGAAGAUGAAGAUGAAAACAACAAUGAUGAAUAUAAAGUGGAAAGUAAAUCCCAGAAGAAAAGAGCUCCAAGAAAGUCAAAGAAACCUGAGGCUGAAAAUGGAAAACCUGUACGAAAGCGUAAGAAGGCCAGUGAAGCACCAGAUCAGUCAACUGAGAAACCUCCCAAAAAAUUUUCUCAUUCCACUCGUCGAAACAGAAGAUGUGUGGACAAAGCUUUGCUUGAAACCCCGGAGGAUGAGAUUGACCCUCAAAGGUUGCCUAUAAAGGAUCUUAUUCUGCUUGCAGAGCAUAAAGAGCGAUUAGCGAGCAAAGAGGCAGCAGCAUUAAAAACACCCUCGACAAAUUUAAGUUCUUCUAAUUCAUUUCAUGAGGAAGACCCUUAUAAUGGAGAAGAGGCCUUUGCUUCAGAACAAGGCAGAGGUUCUGAUGAUGAUGAACCAAAUUAUGAGGUUCCAAUAAGUGACCGUCUGAUUAAUUACCAAUCAUACAUGGACAAAACACCUAGAACAAGAUGGUCAAAACAAGACACAGAAUUGUUCUAUGAGGCUGUACGUCAGUUUGGGACAGAUUUUUCUAUGAUACAACAACUUUUUCCUGGCCGAACACGUCAUCAAGUAAAGUUGAAAUUUAAGAAGGAAGAGCGUCAAUAUCCAUUUCGGCUUUCGGAAGCCUUGGCCAGUCGUUCUAAAGAUCAUUCCCAUUUCCAAUUGGUGAUUGAGCGGCUACAACAAGCUUCUCAGGCUGAGCAGCACUCUAACAGAGAGGACUCAGUUGGCGUGACAGGGGAGGAGGAGGUGGAGGGAUUGGAAACUGAAACUAAUGAGGCAGCAAAACCUGAGGAGGAUGAGGAAGUAGUUAUUAAAGACCAGGAAGUAGAUUUUGCAGAAGUUCAUAGUCCUGUGAAGUCUUAUGCAAGUGAUGAUGGCCCUGAUGACUGGAUAUAAUUGACUAUUAGUCAUAAAAGACUAUCUAUUGGCUUUAUUGAAAAGGAUAGGAAAUGCUAAAAUGUUUCUAUUGCUUAUCGCAAUGUGAUCGGCCUAUUAUCUACUUGUUCUUGUGCAGGCUCAUUUUUGAUCUCGUUACAUUUUGUUUUUCAAAAAAAUAAAAAAUAAAAGGAAAGGAAAAGAAAAAGAAAUAGAGAAAAAUAUAUGUACUAGAAUAUAAGAUGUAAUUCUUGUGCUCAUUAAAUAGAAUUCUGAUUUAUUUAUGUCGAAGAAUAUAUUCUAAUGCAAUUAUCAUCCGCAGCAUUUCAA